AUGCCCGAAGACCAGCAUGCAUUACACCUGAAGCUGGUGGAAUCACUAAUACAAGAUAACAGAACUCUUGCCAGCGAGACGAGAAGAAGGUAUGCCCCAAUAAAAGAGGAUGGAGCAACAGCACUGAUCGAAACGCUGUGGAUUUUAAUGGAGUCGAACAUUGAGGAGUUGCGGGUGUUACAAACUGCUAUUUUGUUGCUCACAACUUCUGGGACAGUUCGUGGAAAGCUACUAGCAAGGGCACUCACUUUGUGUUUGCGCUUACACAACUCAAAGACACCAGCGACUGUGAAUACCGCGGCCGCUGCUAUUCGGCAGUGCGCUUGUGCUGUUUUCGAUAGGGUUCUCAAGGAAGAAGCCAGUUUAUCCGACGAAGUAAACAAAUCGGUUGGUCUUCAUAACCUUCGACCGGAUGAAGUUGUAUGUAUCAGCGUUGACGAGUUGAGACCGGCCUCAAAAGACGCGUACAGGCUUUUUCAAGAUAUAUGCGCUCUUCUGAACGAUGAGCCAGCUCAAUGGCUGACUGGCACGCUCGAUCUUAAUCGUUCUCUUGGUUUGGAACUCAUUGAGUCAAUAAUCACUCAGUUCUCCCGAUUGUUCCGCCAAAACGUGGCGUUCGCCUACUUGUUGAAAACAAAUCUGUGUCCACUGGUGAUCAAACUGUUUUCCCCGAGUUUGAAAUUGCGCCCAACACCCUCAGCUUCGUCACCAACCGGUCUGGCCGAAGUAGCCUCAGCAGCACUGGCCGCCGCAGCUGCUGCGGUAGCCCACGCCAGUGCAGCUGUCUAUUCUUCUUCCACAAGUGCGACUUCGGGGGAGAAAGCAACCUUCCCCCUGCUCGUUCGCUUGAAGCGUUUGAUUACCGUAACGGUGGAACAGUAUUUUCAUUUGCUGAAUACCGAAUGUGAAAUAUACCUGUCUUUAUUGAUUCGCUUCUUGGAUGUCGAGAAGACAGCUUGGCAGCGUGCACUCGCACUUGAAGUUUUGCACAAAUUUUCUGCCCAGCCAGAAUUAAUUCGCCAUGUGUGUAUGUCCUACGAUAUGCGCCAACAUUCGACGAAAAUAUUUCGCGAACUAGUCAACACGUUGAGUCAGUAUGUUCAAACGGUCCUGAAUAAUCCGUUGCUUGGUGAUGAGUUGGCCAAAGAAUCCGGUCAACCAAACGCCCUCGUUAGUCCUCACGCCCCCAACCAGUCGUUGUUAUACUACAAAGGUUCCUUCUUUCUCAUACUACAACCGACGUCGUUCUUAGUCGACCUGCUAGAUCGGUCAGAAGCACCUACUCUUCAGGAUGGCUAUUGUCUAUCGUUGGCCGUAUCAUGUUUGCUUCGGAUUGUGCAAACCCUGAAUUCCAUUGUAACUUGCCCUGUUGGCGAAGAUCCUAUGGAACCUACCACAGGUCAUGUUAUCGGCGGAGCAGACGUGCGGGAACAGUUUGUGUCACUCUCUUGGACUGGUCUCUUGUCAGCCUUUGCACUUCUACUGGAGUCCAGCGCGGACGAAAAAAUUACUGCAAGUCUACUGGAGUCGCUCCAACUAAUGGUGGGUCUUUGUGGAAUGCUUAAGUUGGAGGCUGCUCGUGACGCAUUCAUUAUGACGUUGUGCAAGUCGGCGCUUCCAGCACCCUAUGCCAGGUCUUUGGUGGUGGGUUCUACGAACAGAGGUACCACUGGUGCAGCUGCUCUUCAGACUGUUGCGAUUCCACAUGAGGAUGCAUUCGAGCGGAGUCCAGUAGCUGUGGUAGUGACACAGGGAGUCGGAAACAGUGUGAAUAUUAACACAAAGCCCACCACAACAGGACCUGCAAGCGUGCCCCAAUCAACUACCACUUCGUCAGCGAUUUCCUCUGUAAGCACUACCGAGUCCCAUGGUACUUCUCCCACUGGGUCUUUGAUCCUCACGGUGAAACAUCUGCAAGCGGCUCGCGCAGUUCUUGAAAUGGCUCAGGUUUACGGAAACUUUCUUGGUUGUUCGUGGAAUAUCGUCUUGUCCACUUUUCAGAAUUUGGUUUGGAUGUUGAGCUUGAAAGUUGAACCAGUCGCCCAACUGUAUUUCAAACCGCUUCCUACUUCUAGUACUGCGGUUGCCAAGCCUCCGGAUGGUCCACUUGCGAGUGCACCUGGUAAUCAGGCACAAUCUGGUACUCCUCUACUCAGUUCAUCUGCGACAAACGAUCUUGCUGUUCUGUCUUCAAUGUUAUCCGCCUUAUUCACUCGCUCCAACGAGCUUGAUGCGACCGCUUUGAAUGAUCUAAUUUUGGGGCUGUGCCAACUAUCAUCUGAGGCCAUGGAAUUGGCGAGCGUGAAUAAGAAUCCCAGCCAGUUUCCGGUCUUUAAGCUGACGGAGGUUGGUCUCGUCAAUAUCGAUCGACUCAAUCUCUGGUGGGACAGUGUUUGCUGUCAGCUGCUCUCUAUGUGCAAACUCUCCCACACCGAGCUCCGCCAGUUGGCUGCCGACGCCUUGGUUACGCUGAUCAAACAAGCGAUUUCCUUUCAACAAACGCCAGGCUUUUGGAAAAAUGAUAGCUUGACCACUGUCGUGUUGGAUCCCUUGUCGGCUCUGUCCGACGUCCCGUAUGAUGAUGUCAGAGGUAAGCAGCUCGAGUGUGUGCAGCACAUGCUCCACUGUUGCGGAGAGCAAAUCGGUACUUGCUGGUUGCGGCUGAUUGAAAUCAUCGGUGUAAUCCGGGAUUCAUUCAAGGUCGACCUCAUUCAAACUGCCUUCCAAUGCUUCAAGCUGAUUGUCACCGACUAUUUAUCGUCCCUUCUGCCCAACUGCUAUCCGGCUUGCGUGGAAACUGCUGCUCGCUUUGGACACCAGAAACAGGAUUUGAAUAUCGCUCUCACGGCGAUUGGGUCCAUUCUCCAUUUGGCAGAUUACCUGCUACAAUUAGACGGACUACCCGAGACAAAGAUUGGUCAAGGUGGUCUGUCACUGCACGAUUUAUGGAUUGAUAUAUUUUGUAAACUUGCUGACCUGUGUUUGGAUCGACGCCCAGCAAUACGCAAAUCAGCCUGUCAGACGCUGUUCAAUACAGUCGAGUGCCAUAGUGCACGCCGUUUUGAUGAGGCCACUUGGUCCGCUCUCUUCUGGAAAGUCUUGUUCCCACUGCUGACAAACGUGCGUGAAUUGUGCGCAAGUGCUCCAGUGGAACGUGUUGACGGUCGGCCAAACAGUCUGCUCAUUCACCACACUCGUGACACUGCAGCUAAACAAUGGGCCGAGACGGUGGUGCUUACCUUAUCGGGCGUGGCACAACUCUUUGUUUCGAAGCAGGAGCAGUUGCUCGCAGAAUACCCGAAGUUUUGGCUCGCAUUCUUGGAGCAGAUUAACUUGCAUGCUUUCACUAAUAGUGCGGAAAUAUCGGUAACAGCACUGAAAGCAUUGCAAAUUUUACUGGAAAUCCGAGCUUCGCAAACAGUUCAUGGAGUCUCUUUAUGGCCACCGGUAUGGGAAGCCUGGUUGCGAAUAGGACUGAGUUCGGUGGAUCUUCGCGGUGUGGACGUAUCGAGAAGAGCUGCUGAUGUGGCCGAACCCGAACCGACUGAUGAAAGCAAUGAGACAAACGGAAAUGGGGAUGAAGCCAGCUCCCCAACCUUCGUGACUCUUCUGUUUGACCUGUUCAUCCCGCUGUUUACUCGCACACGAUCAUCAUUCCCUGCUGUGGAUUUCGGGCGUCUGGAGAAGAUAAUUCGACUCGGUGUACUCACUCCCCUGCACGUUGCCUAUUUGUAUCCCCAGAUGGCUAGCUGCUCGGCACCACUACCCGUCACUGAUGAUGGCACACUGUCUCCGUUGCAAGAAGUAGUUAUUCGCUGUGUGGAAUUUUUACUGGAAAAUAUACAUUCCUCUGGCAGUGAUUUGUCCUGCCAUUUGGUGCCAAUGUUGCAGCUGGUCCUCGCUCUGGCAACUUACGCUGUCUACAUCCCCAAACCCGAGCAAUCUGGUCCCGGACGAAUGGAAAUCGUCCCACUAAAUUACAUAACAUUUUCUGAGAAGUGUCUGCAACUCACAGUCGACGUCUACCUGGCUGGGUCGGAUUGGGAUGAGCAAAGUCGCGUUGAAGUCCUCGAGGCUAUAGUCAAGACCCUACACAAACCUUUGGCGCUGAAAUAUGGUUGUCCUUCUCAAUCCACUUGGUUGUUGGCCAGUCGCUGUUUCUUUCAAGUCAUCCCGACAUCUGUGCCUUUGCUGAUACCUAGAACAAAGCAGCCAACUUCGUUUUUAAAACGCCGGUCUGAUGGGACAAACGGAAUCAGAGAAGGUUUAUGUACCGAAAUUGGUCAAACUCUAUAUGACUUUCUUUUCUACCAACAACAACCACCGUCAUCAUUAUCGAUUAACGAGUUCCAGCAACACGAAGAGCUUGAUUGCAAGUUUAUCAAUUUGAUCAGUGACUUGUUCCUAUCAAGCUCGUCACAGCUGCCUGAUGUUUUUAUCAGCCGUCUUGUGAACCUGUUGAGUUUGGGAUCCGUUCAAGCUACCGUAAACAGUGCCGUCACAGCACUCGAUGGUUCAGAUAGCUGGUCUUCGGAUGCGGGUGAUAGUCUGUUCGCGUUGGAUUGUAAUGGCCUUAGCACGCCUGAACCGGAUGUACCUCAGUCAUCCAGGCUGCAGAACAAGAUGGGAAACUCUUUUGAGAAGUCGGAGAAAAGGCGUCCCCGGUGUUCUGUUGGAAUGGCCGUGAGGCAAACAGAAGUAGGAAUUUUCGGUCCCGGAGAUCCGUUGACUGACAGUGCUCUCAAUUUGGAUUUAAAUCUCGAUAGGUUGCGUCAGUAUGCAUUCCGUGAGGAAUUCGCUCGUCUUUGCUUCAGUAAGCUUCUUGCUCAUGCCUUCUCCGGACCGCAGUCCACCAGAGGAGAUGAAAAGUCAACCCAGGCGAGUAGCGCGUCACAAACUGUGGUCCAAACCAAUAGUGACCUAUCCAUCACAGUCAGUCGGGCCGCCGUGCGCAGCAUUCUACAACGCUGUCGCAUAACUUUGAUUCAGUUUUUCCAAGCGGCACAACUUACUGGUAAAUGUCCCCUGCCAAGAGCGCGAUUGGUAGAAAUCGCUUACGUGUUCAAAGCACUGACAACCAUGUUGACAUCGUUGCAGUCGGUUUCGUCACAGCGUGAUGUGGAUCCCUCUACGUGGAACCACGUCAUGGAUCUCUAUCCACACAUUGUCGACUGUGUUCUCGUCACCGGUGGUAGUCAAAUGACGGUGGCUUUGCACAGACUUCUAAGACUAUAUGGCGACCUACUUCGACCAAUCGGUUUGGCAGCUCCGGGCAAACAUACAACCAACGGUGUAUAGAAUAGUUGUUUCUACACCACAUUCAAACAGUCUGUGAUAAUUGUUCCUUUCCCAAACCAGCCCACACCCCACCCUACAAGUGCGAGUGAUUACGAUUACGUUACUGGUCUCACGUUUAUUUCAAUUAGCAACCAAACCACUUUGACAAACUCUUCAUUAUAUUUCCCCCCGCCUACAUUUUUUUUCAAUUUCCAUCGUUACCUCACUUCUACCCAAACCGUUUCUGACAAUGCAUUGUUUUUUUAUAAGCAUUCUUAUGACGAUAUGCAAUUCUUGAUUUUUC